AUGCAUGAUGCCGUGGAAGGGCCUGCCUCUCCUGAGUCUAGCGUUGGCAGGCCAGCAACUGAACACACUGGAGAUCUCAUUGGUAUAAGCAGUGUAGAGUCUCCGCUCGUACUUUGUGAAGACAGUACUGCAGAGUCUAAGCCCCGAAGGGAGGAUCAGAAGUCUCGUGACGCUCCCAUGGAGCAGUCAAAUAUAUCUAACACUACGGCGACCACACUUCAUGGGACUCAGCUUCUUCAAAGCAAGCAAGCAGACAAUGCUUUCCUCACAGAUUUUGUUCUAGAUACGAAACUCUUUAGCAGUGGCCUGGAUGAAGCAACGCUAACAGGUUCCCUGUACAGUAUGAUCGACCCCGCUAGUAGGCGUGAAAUUUCAAAUCUCAUUCUAAGCACUAAGAAGAUAGUCUAUAAGUCUGCGUCUGUUGUGUUCAAGAAAUUGAAAACUAACAUCGAGGAAAGGAAGCUUUUUGUCAUGUUCGAAGAUAUCUUAGAUUGCAACUCAAAAUAUGACCAUUUGAAUCCGAAGAGUACGCUGCCUAUCUUUCUGCCUUUUCUCGACGAAGCAGAAUCAUCCAUUUAUAGUCUGGUUCUUCCUCAGCUGUAUCACGAAAUUGAGGUAGCUGUGGCGCGAACGCUAGAGUCUGACAUGCUUCGAAAGCAAACAAUGCUUGAUGAGCUGGACGACUUGAGACGGUUGGUAGACCAGUUGAAGAAUCAGCUCGCCGAAUUUGAGCUAGGUGUUUCUCAGUCGGCUACACUUAAUGCGAUAGAUCGCAAAGUACUCAUCCAACGGAUCAUAACUCUCAAAGAGCAGCUUCACUGGCGUGGCCGACUGGCCCCCGAUUCCACCAAUGUUCAGUACAAGCCAGAUUAUAUGGAUAUUAAGCAAAGCAAGCGAGGGGCCUGGUCGGAGGAAUUUGAUGAAGGGUUAGACGAGGACGAGGAGGACACAGGAACUGAAAAGCAGCUUUUGAGCUUAAAGCAACGGCGCCUCUUGCGAGAACUAGAAGAUGAUGUUAAACUGUUAGAACGUAAAAUAGAAGAGAAACGCCAGCUAAUAGCUCAACUAAAUGCGAAGAAUGAGUUCAUGGAAGCGGAGAUAAAGCGCUUAACUGGAGUCCUAGAUGCCACAGACGACCGCCACCGCCAAUUGAGAAUGCUGAAGAAAGAAUCAGAUGAGCUUGACAGGCUUCUUGCAGAGAUGCAUGCCAACUAUGACGCAAAGAUGAAGGAGAUGGAAAACUUACAGAAGAGGUACACAAAGGGCAUAGAUGAGGCUGAGCAGCGUACUGUUGCUCUAGCAAAUAAGCUUAAGUCAUCUUAUAACUCGGAAAAGCUUCAGAACAGCGGUUCUGGCGAUGCUAAGAUCUCUAAGAAAGACUCUGCUGAGACGGAGAAGUUAAAGAACCAAGUUGACAAGCUGUUAAAAGCGUUGGCUGCUAAAGAGAAAGAAAUUGAGCAACUCAAAUUGGGAUCCAUGAGUGAAACAAAGACUGAGGCCUCUCAAACUGCCCCCUGGUCUCCACAAUAUAUUCCAAAGGAUAGAAGAGAAGACUCACCUAGUGCGCGUCUCCAUCAGGAUACUGAGGCGGAGCUAAAAGCACGCUCGGAAAAUGCCCAUCUUACUACACAAAUAAAGGAGCAAGCAAGCGAAAUUGAUCGAUUGCGUAAGCAGCUGGAGCAAGCGGCUUCAAGACUAUCAGAAGCCGAGUCAGCCCUUCAGAAGGAACGUGCAUCUGAGAAAGUACCACUUGACGACUCAAUACUUGCGCAAACGGGUUCAUCUAUCCACAAAGGUCCUGCAAAAACUACCACAACUAAGAGUAUUGGAUGCGGGCCAGACACGACCCUUUCUAAAGAGUCGUCCAAGCUGACUACAGGUGCCAGUAACGAAUAUAAGGAGUUAUCACCUGAGGAAGAAGAAUUGCUUAGAAGCAUUGAUCCAGCUAUGGCAUUUAGCCGCACACUAGUGGCGAAAGCUAGAGGUGUUCUUCAAGCCGCUAUUGAUUUGAAUAAGCAUCGCGUUGCCUCACUCAAUGGUCCUACUUCUGCAGUAGUUCUUUCCGCAAAGGAGAAGAUUGAUACCUUGCGACAAUCAGUAGUAAGUCUUUUAGAAGAAAAGGAGCUUGAAGGGCUACUCGACGCCCAUAGAGAAGAGGUCGUCGAUUUGGCAACGAUACAGAAGGCAGCUAAGGCUGCCAAGGCAGCGCUCCAUAACUACAGAGAUGUAUCUAUUGGUGUUCAUAAUGGGGCGGAUGAUGACAGACGUGGGAGCAUUGGAGACGAUCUGGAGGCAGACGGGUAUAACCCACAUGUCAAUAGAGCAUCGUAUGCUGCUGAUUCUAUUCUUAGAACUAGAAAGAAUACGAGCGGCUUCCAAAUACAUUAUAACUCACGUACAAUGGGCCUUGACAGACCAGACGAUGUGUUUAGUAGAUUGUACAAUUUGGCUGAGACGACAAGAAAAAAGUUAGGAGAGAAACGGAAAGCGUAUCUCGCUAAGUUAUCGGAGAGGGAGGCCCACAGAAUGCGUUAUAAAAUGCAAGCAACCGAUACUAUUGCUAGCGCUGUUGAUACAGCCAUGGGACUUAUUGGCAAAAGUAUGGCCAACACAGCCGACCUUGCUGAGCUUCAACUGGUUGUUAAGAAUACGUUUACAGAACUUUUGGGAGCAGUGCUUAAGGGCGCCGAUUCUCCAUCAACUUCUGCUACUGCGACGAUGGAUAGGUUGAGACAAGAAGUAGCUGCGUGUCUUAUCUCUUUACAAGAUGCAACUGCAGUAGAAACAAGCCCUCCACAUUUGCAGUGUACACCAGCGGAGACUGUGGCAGAUACAACCGCAAUAUCACAGCCACUAUUAAAAGUUACUAGUUCAUCUAUCCCUGGUGACAGUUCUCUGCAAACACAGCCCCACAUACUACAGCGCUCUGCAUCACUACCUAUCAACCCAGUUGAAGGACUAACUGUCCAAUCUCUUUCACUAGACGAUCCACAUCCAUUCAAGGAUCUGCUAUGUAGUACAGACCAUCUUCCAGCACAUAUAAUUAAGAAUCCCGCUACUUCGUACAUUAUACCGUGCGAUUUGAGGCCUAGUGUCACCUCUCUCGAGCUCCAAAUUCCCCCUGACGACUUGUGUGCCUCAUCAACUUUGCGUUCUUUUCCGUCAAGAAGUAACCAACAGAGGCCCACAAAUGUCUCUGGAAGACUUUAUCUUUUUGAUUCGUUCGGAGACGUUGUUGGGUUCAUUUCCUCAGCGGGAAACAUCACGUUCUAUGGUGAAUAUGCACAAUAUAGUACACAUAAUAGAGUUAUCAGCGAUGUCUCAGAUACAACCUGUUCGCUACUAAGUAGUCGAGGGUCUAGUAAAAACUCUAGCCGCGUAACUAGUCGAGCUGGAAGUGCAAAGCAGCAGACCGACACCCACUAUACUUACAUGUUGCAAAAAGUCAGCAUAUAUGAUCCAGCCAUCACUCCCCGUAGUGGACACUCAGUCGUGGUUCAAACAGACCUUAGUUUGCUAUCUGGGCAUCAACCUCGAGUAGAUUAUUUCACUGAUGACAAUCCUAAUUCUUACCGCCACAGAAUGGUUCAUAACUACAAGGACAUGCCUCUUGGGAACGUAUUUUCAACCGAACCACUUCACCAACUACCAUCGCUUACUCCCACAAAUACGGCUCCUUCAUUCUCUGCUGAUAGCACUUGCCUUUCUGCACGUCAAACUGCUCCCCAUUCUAUCGACAGUUGCAGCAUUGUUGAUGGGGCACGGGAUAUUACCGCAGAAGAUUCUGCAUUCACAGAACCGAGGCCAGGAAUGAAGCGAUCGAGCUCCUGUAUACUCUUUGGUGGUGUACAUCGUGCCCAAAUGUCUCCGUGGGCCACUAUUGAAGGAGGCGCUCUCUCAGAUAAAGGACCAUCUAACGAAAUCUCAGGACUCGAGCCACCAUGUCUGCAGCGCAUUGCGCUAUUCUCUGAGAAGAGAGAGGAAGACAUAUAUCUUGCGGAACGAAGAGCAAAAAGCGUGGGUGGACGCACACGAAAAGGUUUCCACGCAAUAGACAUCAAAACAGGAAAAUUAGAUGUGUCUGCAGAAGAAGCUGCAGAACUGGAAGAACAACUGACUCGGAUGGCCAAUACCUCACUCCUAAACCCUGAUAAGAUAGGAUCAACUAUUCAAAAGCCGACGCUUCUUAUCUACGACACCGAUACAGCACCGGUUCGGUACAGGAAAGCAGUGGAAUAUAUGUCAGGGAUCGGUGGUGACCCUAAGGACAUUAAUAUUAUGGCGGUGGUUAUGGAGUCGGGGGCGAUGCUUCGGAAUCCUGAUAUCAUCAACUCUCUGAACUCCCAAAUAGAAUCGACGCCUGCGCCAACUCUAGAUGCAAAGAGCUCAUCUGCUGUGGCACAUGAUACACUAGCUCCUAGAGUGGAUGCAGCAAACGGUGAUCACGUUUGUGUCAGCCCCGAACUUUCUAUAUUAGAAGCACCCCAAAUUCCAUAUAUAUGUCCGGAUUCCGAUGCUGUCUCAGAGUGUUCUGUUUGUGAGGAGAUUAACGACAGCAGGCAAAACCUACCCAAUCAAUCCGAAUUGCAUGAAUCCAAAUUGGGAGCUUCUCUCUCUAAUGAAACGGCGCAUAGAAGACUGCUAUCAUCACUCACAGAUCUAAUUAAGAAGAGAGACGACGCAUUUCUCGUUAAAAGCUACGACAAUUCGCAAGCGUAUGAUAGCGCCAAGAGAACCUCAUCGGACACUCAGCCCUUGUUAACCGUAAAAGUCGUUUCAACUAGCCUCGAAAAACUGCCAUCUAUUGCUUCUAACAACCGUGCAGGAUCCGUCACGUCCUUCAAAGCUGUGACUAUCUGUAGAAAUAGAUCAAAGAGUGUGUCAGACGAGCCUGCUUCACUUUCACCCCGCAUGAAAGUGGAGGAUCUGGAUGCUAUUCCUUCAAUAGAGAGCAAAUGCUAUUUGAAUGACGUGACCGAAAAGUCUUUACUAAGGGCAUCUGCGGCCAGAGGCUCUAUACCAUCCCUCUCUGCCCUUAGAGAUAGUAGGGGCAAUCCGCUGAUAUUUAAUGAUAGAAUGGUGGACGAUUCUGGUCAUCUUCAUAGCAUUAACCUACACAAAGACGGAUGGGAACACAUGAGGGGCUCCUUUUCUUCAAGUGUUAUGAAGCAGCAAGCAGUGAACAAACUCAAAACGCUAGCCACCUGUUCUGCGCAGUUAAGGAUCAACCCUACAAGCACAAAACCGGCAGACACGCCGCUCCUUGUCUCAAGCACCGUAACCCCAGGUGUACAGUCUGUGCGGUCCUUACCGAAGUCUGUCAUAGCGAGGGGUGCCUCUGCCAAUGCAUCACGACGGCUUGCACAGCCUCCCGAGUCGCUUCAGCCUAAGACACCCUUGAAACCUCUGUAA